AUGAAAUCAUACACGAUCGAUAAAGACUUGGGACAAGGAACAUUCAGCAAGGUUAAAUUGGGGAUUCACAAACUAACAGGUGAAAAGGUGGCUAUAAAAAUCAUAGACAAGACCAAAUAAUAGGAGUCAGAUUAUGUUAGGAUUCAUCGUGAAAUUUCAAUCCUGAGGAAAUUGAGACACCCUAAUGUGGUGUAAUUGUUUGAAAUUGUCGAAAGUGACUCUAAGUUAUACAUUGUUACUGAGUAUGCUAGUGGAGGAGAGCUCUUCGACCAUAUCGUAAGCAACAAGCGUCUUGAGGAACGUGAAGCUGCUAGACUGUUCAUCCAAUUAAUACAUGCAGUUACUUAUAUUCACGAGCAUUAAAUCGUUCAUCGGGAUUUGAAACCAGAAAAUGUACUACUCAACGAAGGCACCUUAAAAGUAGUUGAUUUUGGAUUAUCCUCAACUUAUCAGACUGGGUAGAAAUUGAAAACCCCUUGUGGUAGUCCAUGUUAUGCUGCUCCUGAAAUGUUGCAAGGGCUUUCUUAUGAUGGACUAUUUACUGAUAUUUGGUCCAGUGGGAUCAUUUUAUAUGCAAUGAUAUGUGGAUGCGUCCCUUUCGAAGAUCAAAACACCAAGAGAUUAUAUGAAAAGAUCAAGACUUCUGAUUUCCAUUUGCCUAAGUAUGUGAGUUUGUAGGCUGCUGAUUUGCUCAAAAAGCUAUUGAUGAAGGAUCCAGCACAAAGAAUUACCUUACAAGAAAUCAAGAACCACGACUUUAUCAAAUUUGCUGGCAAAUAUUCCAUUCCUCAACCCCUCAAGAUCGACAAUGACAUUGUUCAAUAAAUGGUUCAAUUUGGAUUAUCCACUCAAUCUGAAAUCAUUGAAAUGAUUCAAGGCAACAAGCAUAAUCAAAUAACAACCACAUAUUACCUGCUAUAAAAUAAAAACCCUCAAUCCCAAUCCUAAUUCUCAUCGCAAACCUACAAUAAAAUAACAUCCCAACUCAUUUAAUAGGCACCAUCACACAAUGACAAUCCGCCUUAUGUAUUUAAAAUCAAACUCAAAAGCAAAUCACCUUUUCAAUAACAACAAAAUGAUGUUACUUUAGAGCACAUUCCCUAAUCUCCAAGAAAAACUCAUUUGGAAAAUCAACACAAUAUUUCUAUCACCAAAAAAAUACGAAGCAAGACCAGAUCGCAAGAACCCAUUCAAAAACGAGAGCCGUCACUCAACAACCAAUAGCCACUUUCAAAGUAAAUAAGACAAGUUCACAUCGGAGAAUUCUUCAAGAAAACUGACAACGAGUUUAAUCAAAGACAAAGUGUCAUCCCUCAAGGAUAUAAUAAAUUUAUUAUCACAGAACGUGUCAGUAUCCAAAACAAUACAUCCAUAUCCAAAAUACCCUCGAGAUAAGGGAGAUUGUCAUUCAAAAUAGAACAAAAACCUUUGCAGACUCAACCAAACGAAAGCAUAAAAGAUGGGAAACACUAAAAAUCUACCUCAAAUACUAAGAAGGCAACUGAACUUAGCUCUAACCAAAAGCUAAUCUAAAUGGAUUCCAUAGCUACACAAAUUCAAAAUAAUAUUUAGAAUAGAUUCCUAAUUUAUAAGAAGAAAAUCAAGUAAUGA